CUCGUGUUUAUGCUGUCUUGUUUUUGAUUCAGCUCCAUGGAUGUGAUCCAGUGGCGGAACAGGUCACGAAUGGCCUUUCCUUCCUGAGGAUCUUUGUCCGAAUCAACGGACACAAGGCUUCCAAAUCCUAGGAUUACGGGACUCGAGUGGCCGAUUUGGUCUCCAAGCGCUAGAGUCGCACAUAAAAUGGCCGCGUCGUCCCCGCGAACUCAGACCAAUUUUGAAACUAUCCUCAUACGCAAUCACCACCUACACUUGUAUCCACCAUGACAACUAACGGCUCUCAGAAUGGUGUCUCGCGGAUGGUUCAUCAUCCAGAUUAUUAUUUCAAAGACGGUAAUAUCACCUUUCUCGUAGAAGACACACUCUUUCGUGUUCACAGGCACUUUUUCGAGUGCGAAUCGCAAUUUUUCAUCAAGGAGUUUGCAAAAGCCCCCCAGGCAGGAACAUCUGAUUCCAGCGCAUUUCGCCUCAACAAAGUGACCAGCGCCGAUUUCGCGAAGCUGCUGUGGGUAUGGUACAGCCCGACGUACAGACGCGAAAGCAAACCAAAAGACCAUUGGCUCGUCGUCCUCGAACUCUCCACAACCUGGGAAUUCCCUGAAAUGAAGAAACUAGCCGUCGACGAGCUCCAAAACCUCGACAUCGAACCCGUUGAGAAAAUCAUUACGUACGACAAAUACAACAUCAACAAAUCGCUGCUCUUGCCUGCAUUCAAGCUCCUGUGCAAGCGGCCGAACCGAAUGUCAACCGAGGAGGGUGAGCAGCUAAAGAUGCACACUGUCCUCGGGAUACACGAGGCUCGAGAACGUGCGAUCAGGAGAGCAGCGGAGAGCGGGUGUCUUAGCCCGACCUCCGCUGAUGCAGAUGACGAGGAGCUAGAAAAAAUAUUGAAUGAUGUGUUUAAUCUCAACGCUCACGCCACUACUAGCCAGGGCACGCAGCCGCAGGAGCAGGUGCCUAUCAUUAACCCUCCGAAGCCAGGUGCGAAUGGAACCACGACUAAGUCAUCUGCCUCAGGUUCGUCGACUCAGGAUGAUAAUAAGCAGAAAGGAGCCGACAAUAACAAAGGGACGAAAAAGACCAAAUGAGCGAGGAGUCGACAUUGAAUGAUGAUAGUUGCUCGAUUGAACUCUGGACUUGCGCGAUGGAGAAGCGAGCGGAGCGCGCGCUGGCCUUUUUAUUCAUUCCCACCUUCAUCGAGUCUGUCAUAACAGCAUUAGUCACGUAUAUCGUCCUCUUUGUAUGAUAAUUUGAUUUCUUGAUUCUUAAGCGCAUGACAACCGUGACUGUAUACUCUUCUGCAUUACCGUCGAAACGCCACUCUGCUUUCGGAUGUGGUCAUUGAACCGUACACCCACUGACAGCACUGUGUUGCAAGCA